AUGGGUUCUUCUUCUCAUAAGAGGGUUGUAGGGUCACUUCUUGUCUUGAUCAUUUUCUUGGAAUUGAGUGCCAUCACUUUUGGUGAUGACAAGCUUGAAGAGUCGAAGUUGAGUAACAAUAAUGGUUGUAGAUAUGGUAGGAGAGGCUGUGGUGGACGUGGCAGACGUGGUGGAUGGGGAGGACGUAGUGGACGUGGGUCAGUUGCUAGAGGGGGACUUGGAGGAGGUGGUGGAGGAGGAGGAGGUGGUGGAGGUGGAGGAUCAGGUCAUGGUGCUGGAUUCGGAGCAGGAUUUGGAACAGCAGGUGGUGGGGGAGGUGGUGGUGGUGGGGGAGGUACUGGAGGUGGUUCUGGAUAUGGUGGAGGAUUUGGAUUCGGAGGUGGUAAUGCUGGAGGAGGAGGAGGUGGUGGCGGUGGCGGUGGGGGAGCAGGAGGAGGGUCAGGCUAUGGUAGUGGUUUUGGUGCGGGCGGAGGAUUAGGAGGAUUAGGAGGGCCAGGAAUAGUAGGUGCAAGUAGUGGAGGAAUGGGAGCCGGAUUUGGAAUGGGAAUUGGUUUUGGAGCUGGAGCUGGUCAGGGUGUUGGCGUAGGGAGUGGGUUUGGUAGUGGUGGUGGUAAUAAUGGCCGAACAUAA